GCCCAAAUCUCUCCCCCUUUACAAAACCCUUCCUCUCCCUUUUACCUCACAACAUCAUUCUCAGCUAUCUCUCUUACACUCACACACCUUUUGGUUUUACAUUUCGAUUCAGUAUCAAAAGCUUCAAUCGAGAGAGGAAAGAUGCAGCCUUCAGUGACCCCAGAUGCUAUUUCCGCCGUAUUGUCCAACCCAUCCUUUGAUUCGUCCUCCGAUCGAUCUGAAAUCGUCGUUCAAGUCGUGGAUCUUAAACCCAUCGGAAAUCGAUAUGCAUUUAGUGCGAAUGAUGGAAAGACGAAAGUCAAAGCAAUGUUUACAGCGACACUGACACAGGAAAUUAUUUCUGGAAAUAUCCAGAAUCUGGGUCUAAUCCGUCUGAUUGAAUUCACAGUUAACGACAUUUCAAGCAAAUCAACAAAAUAUUUCCUUGUGACAAAAUGUGAGGCUGUUGCUUCUGCGCUUGAUUCUGAGAUUAACUUGGAGAGCAGGAGCGAAGAAGAUGAGGCUGGUGAGCGCAAGAAGCAGAAACUAGAUCAUUCUCCUGUGAAUGAUGUUCAAAUGGAUGUUUCAACUGGAAUCACGUUGAAGCCGAAGCAGGAAUUUGUAGCCAAAUCAGCUUCUCAGAUAAUCAGUGAACAGAGGGGAAAUGCUGCACCAGCUGCAAGAAUGGCCAUGACUAGAAGAGUUCAUCCACUUUUAUCCUUGAAUCCUUAUCAAGGAAGCUGGACCAUCAAAGUCCGAGUCACUAACAAAGGGGUCAUGAGAAAUUACAGAAACGCUAAAGGAGAAGGAUGCGUCUUCAAUGUGGAACUAACAGAUGAAGAAGGAACACAAAUUCAAGCCACGAUGUUCAAUGAUGCCGCAAGGAAGUUUUAUGACAGAUUCCAGUUGGGAAAGGUCUAUUAUAUCUCAAGGGGAUCUCUUAAACUUGCUAACAAGCAGUUCAAGACAGUUCAGAAUGAUUAUGAGAUGACUCUGAAUGAAAAUUCAGAGGUGGAGGAAGCUAGUGACGAGGAAUCGUUUGUUCCUGAGACAAAAUUCAACUUUGUGCCCAUUGAAGAGUUGGGUUUGUAUGUAAAUCAGAAGGAGCUUAUUGAUCUUAUUGGAGUGGUCCAAAGUGUUUCUCCUACCAUGAGUAUUAGAAGGAGAACUGACAAUGAGAUGAUACCCAAGAGGGAUAUAACUUUGGCUGAUGAGUCAAAGAAAACUGUUGUGGUAUCCCUGUGGAACGACAUGGCAACCGGCGUAGGUCAAGAACUGUUAGACAUGGCUGAUAAGUCUCCUGUGAUUGCAAUCAAGUCUCUCAAAGUUGGAGACUUUCAAGGUGUUUCUUUGUCCACCGUCAGCAGAAGCAAUGUGGUGAUAAAUCCUGAAUCACCUGCAGCUAAAAAGUUGAAAUCUUGGUAUGAUUCUGAAGGCAAGGAAACAUCCAUGUCUUCCAUUGGUUCAUCGAUGAGCCCAUCUGCCAAGAAUGGGUCUUGGUCUAUGUAUACCGACCGAGCCCUUCUCUCUCAGAUCACAGGCAAUCCAUCUCUAGGCGAGGACAAGCCGGUAUUUUUCAGCACUAGGGGUUACAUAAGCUUCAUCAAGCCUGACCAGACAAUGUGGUACCAAGCAUGUAAGACUUGUAACAAGAAAGUGACUGAAGCAAUGGACUCUGGUUACUGGUGUGAAGGUUGCCAGAAAAAAGAUGAAGAAUGCAGCUUAAGGUACAUAAUGGUGGUGAAAGUCUCUGACUCAACCGGAGAAGCUUGGUUUUCCUCAUUCAACGACGAAGCUGAGAAGAUUAUUGGCUGUUCAGCUGAUGAGCUCAACAAACUAAGAUCAGAGGGAGGUGAAGUAAAUGAAUUUCAGACAAAGCUGAAAGAAGCAACCUGGUCCUCUCAUCUCUUCAGGAUUAGCGUCACUCAGAAUGAGUACAACGGUGAGAAGAGGCAGAGGGUGACUGUGAAAGGAGUAGCUCCUAUUGAUUUUGCUGCUGAAACAAGAUUGCUGCUCCAAGACAUCUCCAAGAAGAACAACGCAUCUCAGCCCAUAGUAGGCCCAAUUAAGCUAAAACCCUAUCGUAGCCAAAAGUCUCUCUCUCUCUCUCUGCUCCGUCGCGGCCAACAUCCUCCCCACCUGAUCCUAUUUAUCCAACUUGUAGCGAAUUUCUUGGUGUGUAUCGAAAUGGAGGAAGAAAACGAAGUGGUGAAGACGUUUGGAGAACUUGGUGUGCGUGAGGAGCUUGUGAAAGCUUGCGAUAGAUUGGGAUGGAAGAACCCUUCGAAAAUUCAAGCCGAAGCUAUUCCUCAUGCUCUUGAAGGGAAAGAUGUAAUCGGACUUGCCCAGACCGGUUCUGGUAAAACCGGAGCCUUCGCUUUACCUAUUUUGCAAGCACUUCUUCAGUAUGUUCUUGAUUCUGAGCCUAAGAAAGGGCGUAGACCUGAUCCUGCGUUCUUCGCCUGUGUUUUGUCUCCAACUCGAGAGCUUGCAAUCCAAAUUGCUGAGCAGUUUGAAGCUUUAGGAGCUGAUAUAAGUCUCAGGUGUGCUGUGCUUGUUGGAGGUAUAGACAGGAUGCAACAGACUAUUGCUCUUGCGAAACGGCCUCAUGUUAUUGUUGCAACACCUGGUCGUCUUUGGGAUCACAUGACUGACACAAAAGGAUUUUCUCUGAAGACGUUAAAGUAUCUGGUUCUUGAUGAAGCAGAUAGGCUGCUGAAUGAAGACUUUGAGAAGUCUCUUACUCAGAUUUUGGAAGAGAUCCCUCGUGACCGUAAAACGUAUCUUUUUUCAGCAACUAUGACUAAAAAGGUUCGGAAACUUCAAAGAGCGUGCUUAAGGAAUCCUGUGAAGAUUGAGGCUGCCUCCAAAUAUUCCACAGUUGAUACUCUCAAACAGCAGUAUCGGUUUGUUGCUGCGAAAUACAAGGAAUGUUACCUUGUAUACAUUCUGACUGAAAUGCCUGAAUCAACAUCAAUGAUUUUCACCCGAACUUGUGAUGGCACUCGUUUCAUGGCUUUGAUGCUUCGGAGCCUUGGCUUUAGAGCCGUCCCUAUCAGUGGUCAAAUGACUCAGUCAAAGAGGCUAGGAGCAUUGAAUAAGUUCAAAGCAGGGGAAUGUAACAUCUUGGUUUGCACCGAUGUGGCUAGUAGAGGGCUCGAUAUCCCAUCUGUUGAUUCAGUUAUCAACUUCGACAUUCCCACAAAUUCAAAGGAUUACAUUCACAGAGUCGGAAGAACCGCUCGUGCUGGACGUUCUGGUGUAGCGAUAUCUCUUGUAAACCAGUAUGAGCUUGAAUGGUACAUACAAAUUGAAAACCUCAUAGGCAAGAAACUACCAGAAUAUCCAGCUGAGGAAGACGAAGUCUUGUCAUUGCUGGAAAGAGUUUCAGAAGCCAAAAAAUUAUCCGCAAUGAAUAUGAAAGAAUCAGCAGGUAAGAGGACGAGAAGAGGAGAAGAUGAUGAAGAGAGUGAAAGGUUCUUGGGAGGUAACAAGGGAGGUAACAAAGGUGGUAACAAGGGAGGUAACAAAGACAAGCAAUCUUUUAAGAAGUUCAAACGAUAGAAUGGCUCUCUUUGUAAUUGUUUUCUAACAAUUCACCAAAGUUUUGAUGUUUCUAUUUUCGAGGAGUUUUCCGUGUGAACUUGGGAAGUUUACUCAGUGGUGGGACUUGUAAUGUGUAUUUUCUUAUAUUUUUGCUUGUUUCUUAAAGACUCGAUUUGUGCUAUUAAAAGUUAUUUGGAAGUUUAUGGUCUCUUCUCUUUGGUGGCUCCGCUGG